UCAAAAUUCAAAAUCUGGGAGCAGACCAUUCUUCUUCCUCCCCCACCCACGCGACUCAGAGCAAGGUAGCCAUGAGGAAGGCGCCCGCGGCGGCCGCCAAGCCCAAGCCGAGGGCGAGGGGGAAGGCCAAGCCCAAGCCCAAGCCCAGCCCUGACUCCCUCUCCGCCGCCUCCUCGCCUUCCAGCGCCAGCGCCGGGUCUCCCUCUCCCGUCGCGCUCGGCCGCGGCCUCCCCUCCGCCUCCAAGCCCAAGCCCAGGGCGAGCGCGAGGGUGAGGGCCAAGCCCAAGGGGAAGGCCAGCCCCGACUCCCUCUCCGGCGCCUCCUCGCCGUCCGACGCCAGAGCCGGGUCCCCCUCCCCCUCUCCCGUCGCAGUCGGCCGCGGCGGCUUCCUCUCGCCCGCCUCGCUGGCGACGCCCAAGGCCAGAUCCCCCCUCACCGCGGCGGCCACGUCCACGCCGGCCUCCGUGUCCUCCGUCGGCGACCUCAGGAGCCUCGCCGCCUCCAGCCUCGCCGCGCUCAAGCGCCGCCUCGACGCGCUCCACGCCGACAACGCCCGUGACCUCGAGGCCUCCCACUCGCGGAUCUCCAAGCGCAUCAAGAUGCAGACGCAGAGCUGCGUGCAGAUGUCGGAGGAGGUGGACAAGGAGCAUAAGAAGAUGCUCGACAAGUACUCCCAGCAGGCCGAGGAGAUGAAGGCAUCGUACAAGAAGUUGAUGACAGAUGUGCAGUCGUCUUCGGCUCGUGUGUGCAAGGUGACCUUACCUGAGAUGGGAAAGUCCGUGGCCAGAGCUAUCGAUGGCUUGCGCACUCGCUACAACAUCCCAGCUACAACAGCUUAGCAUACAGUUUCUGCUACGUCUCUGACUUGCAACUAGUAUCAGUCAUAACAUCAAGGUCGGAGCAGAGAUCACUAGAGACGGUCAUAAUAAUCUACCAGGGAUAGUAAUUGUUGGUUACAGGCUACCAAGUGUUGCAGUUCAUUGUAUAUGCAGUUCUAGUACCAGUCAUGAUAUCAAGGAAGGAUAAGAGACCAGUAGAGCCUUUCAGAAGCUUUUACUUGCUUGGUUGAUUAGUGUUCUUGUGUAGAACAGUUCAUUGUAUAAUGUGUGUUUCCAAUCCACGCAAACAUCCACAAUGUCGUAGAUGCUGGCUUGGAUAUUCCAGACACUUGUUUCUGUUCGAAUUAGAAGCAUCAUGGGUUUCAAACUAGUAUCCAUAAAUUGGGGUCUAAAUGCACACAUUUUAGUAUGUAUUAGAUUUGUAUGAGUUGGUUAUACUUUCAAAUCUGUUCCUCUGCAUGUGCUAGCUGUACCUGUUUAUGGUACUUCUUUUUAUCUUUAAUUACUUGGGUGUAAUUACAUGAUAAUUGCUGCUAUUCCAAGAAAUUCUGUUAUGCGAAUACUAUUGCUAAACAAGUAAGCUAUCUCCAGGACCAUCACACAUUCAGUUAUGAAAUCUUUCUCUGAUUCCAUUGUGUAUUGUUUGCAUUCUUUCUGCAACAGUUGCUUCUCAUGUCCCCCUUUUAUUUUAGCAAAGCUGGACCAUAUGUAUAGAAAUCAUGUGCUAUUUAUGUUUACUUCUAUGCCGAUAUCCAUUUUCUUUACACAGUUGUCCCGCUUUCUUGUGGUAACCUUUAUGUAGCUGAAUCUUUUCUGUAUUUUCUG